AUGGGAAACUAUACUGCUCUAGUGAGGAUUGCAGGUAUUGCAUACUUGGUUUACAAGCUGAUAUAUGAUUCAAGAGAACUUGGUCGUUUGAUCUCGUCAUACACGGGAAGUAAAAUCAUCUUUACAGAGUCAGAAUCAAGUCUUUUUGCAGUGUUAUUGGCAGUCAUUGGUGUUACUGAUCUUGUGCCGUAUUUGGAAGACAAUUCUGAUUAUUUUGAUAGUGUUGUUCCAAUCAGAUUCUUUGCGUUCUUUAUACUGGCUGUUGUUUCAUACCUUGGUGAUUUCGCACUAUUGAAUAGUCCUUUGGUUUUAGGAUAUUCAAUCUUAGAAGCAAUUGUUAAUGGAUUGAUGAUGAUUGAUUUUUGA